UUGACUUCUCUUUAAUUGCUGAUCAAAUAUUUACUGACUUUUCUAUCGACGUUGUCACGCAAUUUUGAGAGUGGAUGAGGCUUAUAGCUGUGCAAAUAAGAAAAGGGAAAUUUUCGGGGGUGGUUGCCAGGAAAUUUCCCUUAAAAUAGCCAGCCUGGCUGGCUCAACACAGUGAUGAGUGGCCUAGUCUGCCAGUGCGGGGAAACUGAUCAAUACACGGGAGCCCCUGACGGUUCGUGUACAAGGAAAGCUCUCUCGCGCUAGAAAAUCUUCUCUCUUGGCGGUUCUAUUCUCUCUAAAAUGUAGGAAACUGGUGUAAUAUUUGUCUUUUUCUCUCAGUGAUAAAUAUGUGAGAUAUGAAACUAAACUCGUGAAUACUUCCAGUGAGUUGACUCUAUCAACUUUUACUCCUUCGUUGAACUGAUAGAGGAUCGAAACACUAGCAACAAUGUUCGAAGGGGUAGUGGCGACAAUACUCAACCGCUAUCUAGGAAAAUAUAUACAGGAUCUCGAUACAGAGAAUCUGAAUGUUGGAAUAUUCGGGGGAAAUGUGCAGCUGACCGAGCUCAAGUUGAAACCUGAUGCGCUUUAUGAACUAGAUCUCCCUAUAGAAGUGAAAGUAGGGACGAUUGGAAGGGUGAGCCUGCACAUACCGUGGUCUGGCCUGUACAGUCAACCAGUCAUAGUCGAAGUGGAGGAUGUCUAUCUGAUUGCUGGUCCAAUAACAGAUCGUGAAUAUGAUUCUGAGAAAGAAAAAAGAUUGUCUCGAGCAUCCAAGAGGAAGAAACUGGAAGAUUUGGAAGCGGAAAAUCUUCUUGGAAGUGAUGCGCCAGAAUCAAGGAGCUUUAUCGAGAAUCUAAUUACAACAAUAAUGAACAAUCUGCAAGUGUUCGUUCACAACAUCCACAUUCGCUAUGAGGACAGAACACUUAAUCCGGAGUCAGCGUUUGCCUGUGGCCUGUGUGUGCAGAGCUUCUCAAUUGAAACAACCAAUAGCAAGUGGAAGCCGACCACUUCGAGCCCCGGAUCGACGUCGGUGUAUCAGCUGAUGAGGGUGGAGUCACUGUCCGUUUACUGCAACCCGAGCUGCUCGCAGCUGGUGGGCAGCUCGCCGGGGUUGGCCGAGGCAGCGCCGCACACCUGGCGCAACGACAUGAAGCGUGGCCUCGAGACGUUCAGCAUCAACGGUGAAGAAUUCGAUUUCGUUCUGAAACCAAUCACGGCAAAAGUGAAGGUGAUUGUCAACAAAUCGAAUGAGGCGCGAGUCCCGAAGCUGCUGGUUGACUUUGUUCUACAAGAUGCGGCCACUCAACUAACCAGGCCACAGUACCUGGCUCUCAUCGAAUUAGUGGAAUCAUUCAAAAGGAUCAACAUCAAUAGGAAACUGAGACAAUUCCAUCCAGGAGUGACUGUCACCAACAAUGCAGCCAAGUGGUGGAAGUAUGCUUACAAUGCUUUGGUUGAACAGAGAGUCAAACCUUACACAUGGCAGCGUAUUCAAGCACAUAGGCACAAUUAUAAGCGCUACAGAGACACAUUCAAACAAACUCUCUCGAAUCCCACCAACACUGAGUUGAAAUUGGACCUUCAACAGCUGGAAGAUCAACUAGAUAUUGUGGACAUUGUAAUUGCACAGGAGCAUGCUAAAAUUCUGUUGCUUAGGGAGUGCCCAGAACGCGUAGUUGUGGUCGAGCAGGAAGCCGAUUGGUGGAGAGAGUGGCUGGGCGUGAAGUCUCGAACCCAGCUGCGUGUGGUGUCCGGCAAGGGACGGGGCAUUUGGGCGCAGCUGUCUCCCUCGGAGAAAGCCAAGCUCUACGAUGCCAUCGGCUACGUGGAAGGACCGGCCUGUCCCGAGAAGCCCAAGCAGUAUAUUGAACACAAAAUCAACAUCACGCUGGCCAAUUGCUGCCUGAGCCUGAUCAACCGAGGCCGGGAAAUGCUAGUUGUGACAGUGGCCCAAUUCCUGGCCAGCCUGGAGACCCGGCCGUCAGCCAAGGCCUACAAGAUCUCAGCCAGAGUCGAGAGUUUGGUCAUUGAAGGCGCUAGCAUUGAACAUGACCUGGUGCCCAUACUGACGGCUGACAAUAUACUCACUGGUAAUACAUCGUCGAAUUUCCUUAGUAUAGACUUUGAAAAGAAUCCGCUCAACUCGGAAGCAGAUUAUGGUGUCGCUCUAGGGCUGGAAUCAGUGGAAAUAGUCUAUCAUGAGCAUGCAAUUUCCGAACUAAUGAGCUUCCUGCAAGCCCCCAUGACUACACUAUCCUCUAUAGCCAAGUCGUUUUGUGCCACCACCUCACAGAAAGCCAUGCUGUUAGCGCAGCGAGCUAUUUCUAGACAUAAUGUAAUUCAGUUCAAUCUGGACCUCAAACUGCCUUACUUUGUUGUACCUGAGUUAGGAUCCCUUCAGAGGGGCGGUAACCUAUUAGUAGUUGAUUUAGGAAGAAUUAAAAUGAAAUCCGAACUUCAGCCGACAAAUAUUUGCCUUGAAGAUGCAACCCAAAUGGAGCUUGAAGAGAGAUUGUACGAUAGGCUGCAUUUAGAUCUCUCAGAUCUACAAGUAUUAUUAUGUGAUUCAGGUGAUGAAUGGAGAGAUGCUAAGAAAGGACAUGACUCUGAACUCCAUCUCAUUCCUAAAGUACAGUGCCAAGUGGUUUUUUCAAACAGUGUGAGACCAGAAUACAGACAAUUACCAAGGCACAAGUUGAACAUCUCACUGACGAGCUUGAAAGUGAACCUGUCGGAGCGCCGCAUCGGUUCGUUGCUGCUGUUCGCGCUGAACGUGCCGCCGCCGUCGGCGAACACAGUGCACGUGUCGCAGUCGUCGAUGAUGAUGGCGGCCGAGGAGGAGCCCGACUUGGUCGGCGACCGCGUGCGACUGCUGUGUGAAGUCGCGCGACUCAGCGGCCUCAAGGCGGCUCUGGUCGAGGCCGAACUCAGCAGGCAGGCCGCUAAGCCGGGCGCCUACGACACCGCCGCUGCCAAGAUGGCCAUGCUCCAAGUCGACAAGAGUUUCAUGUCAUCCGACCAUAGUGACGAGGAACUAGAACUAUGGGCUAGGACUGUUGACCUUCCUGGCUUCGAUGACAAUGUGUCCCCUAACAAUGUCAUAACUAUGCUUCUUCGAUUUGUCAUUGGUGAGAUUGUGAUCCAACUGUUCCGGUCGAACAACCGCAUUGAUAAGCCGUACCUGAUGCUGAGACUGAGCAAGAUGUUCUGCGAUACAGCUCUGAUGGAAUAUGGCCCUGCCAUCCAGGCCUCAAUAGGCGGACUGCAACUGGUUGAUAAACUGCAUGUCGGCAUGUCCGGAGAGUACCUCGAUUUGAUUUCCACCGACUGUACAGAAGAUCUUAUUACUGUUCUCUAUAGAAAGGUAAAGUCAGAUUGUCCAGACUUCAAAUCGCAUUUCCACAACGUGGAGCAGUCUCUUGUAAUUGAUGUGUCAUCGUUAUCAAUCAUUCUCCAUAGGGAAGCUAUCAUGACAAUGAAUAAAUAUCUGCAGUAUUUGCACCAAAAAGUGAAAAGUCAAGGGUUAGAGAUAUGGCAGCAUGUGCUGAAAGUGAAGCCUUACAUCAAGUGGCCCUGGCCGGGAUCCCAGGAUCCACCAAUCCCUCCUGGUGCUACGAAGUUCAGCUAUUCAUUCCGUUUAUCCCAGUUCAGUCUCAGGUUAUGUGACACUGACAUGGAGUUUUUAAUAUUUAAGAUUAAUGGAAUAGAAAGCGAUUGUUUAUUCAAAGCGAAUGAGAGAAUGAUUUUCAGAUUCCAUCUUUCUGGCAUUUCAAUAGACGAUCUUUCAGAUAUGACUUUGUAUCCCAAGGUACUUGCAGUUGACGAAGAGAAGGUUAUUGAUCUGAAAUACGUGAGACAUAGCCCCAAACUGUACAGACAAACCGGCAUCGAUGUGGAGAAGGAUGAUGUCAAGUCUGAUGGUAGUCUGAAGCUGCAUGUGGGAAGAGUCCAUAUGGUGGUUUUGUACAAAAUGGGCAUAGACAUCCAACACUUUCUGGAGCCCUUCGUCAAGCCUGGAAUAAUAAUCGGCUUAUUUCACCUAGCAAAGCACAAACUCAUUGAGAAAAUUUCGUUGGUGAAGAGUUGCAGUACAAAGCUUCAUCUUUCUCUGAACAUACAUGCUCCUACUCUACUACUACCUCAAAAGCUGGCUUCUCCCAACCUCAUCAUUCUCAACCUAGGUGACCUCAGUGUUGAAAACUUUUUCAAAGAAAUCUCAAAAGCACCAGCCUCAGAUACUUGUCAAAUGCCGGUAAUUGACAACAUAUUGGUUCGAUUUGAAGCGUUACAAGUCUGUAGAGCUCUUAUGACUCUUGCUGGAUCUCUUGAAUUACAGGAGCCCAUUAUUGAGCCUAUCAACAUUCAAUUCGACAUCAAAAGAACUGUUGGAUAUCGAGGGAUUGUGACCAACCAGUACAUUUCAGCCUGCUCCCAACUGCUACUUUAUGAAGUUGUCGGCAAUAUUAAUAAUAUUCAAAUCAACUUGGGCCAGAGAGAUCUUGCCACUUUGUUAUCGGUUUGGUCUGAUAACUUCAAUGAUGCUCGGUUCAUUGCCGAUGACAUGACAGUGUUUUGGAGGCCAACAUCACCUCUGGAGCCGCCAACACCUUCAAUGCUACCUGAAGAUCCCUCUGUUCGCAAAUUGCAAGCAUUUUUCUCUCAGAACGAGCAAGUGAGGAAAGAAGCUACUGUACGAUUAACUUUUGAUGGACUGCAGCUCAUACUUUUCAACGAUAUGGACGAGGUGUUGAGUUCCCCGGUACGAGAUAUGAACCACGGUUUGUGCAAAUUGGAAACUGGUGAAGCCACUCUGAAUCUGGAGACAUGCACUGAUUCAAGCUUGGAGAUGAAAAUAGCCCUGCAGUCGUGCUAUCUACAAGAUAUCAGGCCUGAGAACAAUGGUCCAAUCAAACUCAUCUUCCAGUCGCACGCAGGCCAGAAAACGACGGAUGACGACAGCCACAUCAGUGUGUCGAUGCCGCCAAUUGUGGACGUGCACUUUGGGCAGACGGCGACAGGUGAGCGCUGUGUCAAUGUGCUGGUGGAGCGCACACGUCUCAACCUCAGUGUACCCUUCCUGCUCGAGCUGGGUCGCUUUGUGCUGGAUGCGUUGCCCGGUGAGCGCCAGUGUGAGGGCGGGGUCAUCAAUCUCGGAUAUGUCGGCGAUUCUAGCACGCAGCAAAAUAAAGCCGUUGGAACUGAUCCAGUUAGACCACCGAGCUCUACAGACAGUACCAGUGGCUACUUCUCAUCAGGAGCUUCCUGUGCAGAAGAUCAAACAGGUUUAUCGAUAUCAUUACAACUGCGACGGCCAGAAAUAAUGCUAUUUUCACAUAAAGGUAACGAGGACACCAAAAAGAAAGGACAUGCUCUGCUCAUGAGAACUGAAUUCCUCCUGGAAUACAGUCGUCAUCCGGGAAGAGAUUGUCUUGUCUGUUCUCUGUCCGGCCUGCAUGUGAUUUCUAAUCAACAUUCGCAUCUUGGCAAGUCUCCAUACAUGGUUCUUCAUCCUUGCGAUUUUGAAUUCUCAAAGUCUUUCAAAUCCGAAGAUGGAUUGAAAGUGGUUGCAGGUCUAAGUACAAUGGAUGUUCAUCUCUCUCCUAGCACUGUUCACACACUCUUGAAUAUAAUGGAAGAAAUAAAUAACAAUCUUCAAGUAGAUGAGUCAGAACUGGAAAAUAACACUUGUCACUCCUCUUAUGACAUAGAAGAUCUAUGGUCUCCCAAGAAGCUGGGUCCUUACAGUUUUGCACAUCAUUCUGAUGACAGAGUAGGAUUCAGAAGAACGUGUACGGGUCAAACGUCGGAAACAUGCUCGAUAUCUGUGCCCAAGCUGUGUGUUGUCUUCGAGCUGGAGAGAUCCAGUCAUAGACUUCCAGUUGUACUUUUGAAGAUGGCUGCCGAAGCCAGCCUCCAUGAUUGGUCAACGUCCAUGCAUAUGAAAGGUGAGCUGCGAGUUCAAUCUUCAUGUUUCAAUGGGUCUGUUGGUGCCUGGGAGCCUCUUAUUGAGCCAGUCUGUGAAGAAGAAAAUGUUUACAGACCUUGGGAAAUCCUUAUUAAAGUUUUCCAAGCUAAAUCUUAUCCGAUUUCACCAAAAGAUCACACUAUCAAAAAUGGGAAUAAUACACGUCAGAAGGAGCGAAAAGGAAGUACAAAUGUGAAGAAAAUUGUGAACGAAGAAGAGUCUGAGACUUCGGCAGACGAACAAGAUCCAGAAGCCAUGACAUUCAUCAGACAAAGGGAUCCAGAAUCGAUACACUCUCAAAAGAAUAAUGCCUUAGAUAAUGUAAGUCUUGUUGGAUAUCCAGAGGACUCUGAUUCGGAAAAUGAGGAAGGAGUCAUUGAGAAACUUGCGCAUGCUGUUGGACAUUUGUUUACAGGGGAUAGCAGUGAAGGUGAAGACUCUGAAUCAGAUGAGUCGUCAGGGGCUGAGCCUUCAGGUGACACCGAGGAUGGCUCGGAAAUUGAAUCAGUCAGCGUUGGAACGGGAACUGUCAUUGGCAGAGAUGAGAGGGCUGUAUUCCUUAAAAAGAGAUGUGACUCGGAAGACUCCGGUCUUGAAACGGAGAGUUCAGAUCGUAUAGCAACCUAUGUAACGAUUGAGUCAAGAGACAGAUUCGAACUGACUCUGAAUCCGACGUCGAUACGAAUACUGACCGAACUGAUGGAUGCUUUCAGCAAGAAUGACUCGACGAUAUACAGCCAUCCUGAGAACAACCUCACGCUUAUCAACGACAUUGCGCCUGACACGUCUCUAACACUACUCUCAAAAGCUAAUGUGGGACCUGCACAAAUAAUAAUGACUUCGCUGUAUGAGAAGGUUGAUUCGGUGCCAAGCAGUCCUGCUUCCACUGUGGCUACAGAUUUCAAUGAUCUCAGCCCUAUUGCAUCAGAUCAUGAUGCUGAAAGUUUUGAUGGAGGCUUCUCAAGCAUGCAGAACAGCCAAGUCAAAGGAAACGAAUUCAUGUCACCUGUACUCAGAUUCCCUCAAGAAACUGUUUCUCAUCUCUAUAAAAAAGUAACUGAUGGCAGAUUGCGGUUCCAUGUUCCUGGAUUUGAAGACCUAGAGGUUCUCUGUCCUCAGCGCACCACAAGCAAACUGCACAUGCUUCAGCCGAUCAAAAACAAUACCAGGUAUUAUUUGGUUGUCAAUGUGAAGUGUGACCACUGGGGAAGAACAAUAACCGCCUCCAGUCCAUUACAGAUUCACAAUGAGACUACCUAUGCAAUGGGUAUUUACUACAAGAAGCCUGUGCUGGAAAGCCUCGGUAUCGACCAUAUCGGAGAAUCUGUGAAUCCUUUCGACGAUAAGAAUAGAAUAGCUGUGAUAGAACCUGAUGAAGUGUACAACGUUCCCUUAUUUGUUGCCUACCAUUGUAAAUUGCACAUUCUUCCCGCUUAUGUAGAUUCCUAUCAUAUAGCAGAGACUGGAUUAUGGUGGCAGGAGCUAGCAUCUGAUUUGAACUCUCCUAGAGAUUUGAUUUGUUUACCAAAAGAUGAGAAGGAUACGACUGUAUUUUCAAUGAGAGUAGUAUGUGAGGAAGGAAGGCCUACGAACCGGGUCUCUCGCUCGAUUCCCAACUACAAGAUAAGACUGAUGCCUCCCCUGGCCGUGCACAACCGACUGCCUUACGCCAUACAAGUCAGCAUUCCGACAAUAAAGUACGACGUCAGGAUUGAGGCCGGCGAAAAGGCCAAUAUCUAUUUUUUGAAUCUGACUAAAACGCACAAAAUUAGUGUAGAGGUUCCUUGCUACCUGGGCAUUCCGUGGCUAGGCUCGUUCACACUGAGCUCAGACCUGGAGGAGAAGGUGGUUACGAUGGCAACGGAGCACGACACGGAGGGAGGCAACAAACAGCUGGGUCUCAAUAUCAAGGUCGACCGAACAGAGUCGUGCGAACUCAUCUUCCACGCGCCAUACUGGAUCAUCAACAAAACGUCGCUGCCUCUUCAAAUCAGGGCUUCCUUAACAGAUGUUGUGUACGAGGCACAAAGUGAAGAGCCACUGCUCUACUGCUUCAGAAAGCAGCGCAAACGCUGCAUCAGACUGAGAGCCUACCAUUCUUCCUGGUCGUCUGCUUUCUCUUUGGACACUGUUGGCAGUUCGGGCUUGGUCAUUUGCAGGGAUCAUGAGAGAAACCGGAAGUACAGAAUAUUACUAAAAGUAGAGUUGGCCAACUCCUGUCCGCAUCUUACGAGAAUAGUCUCCUUUCUUCCGAAUUUCUUAGUGAGCAACGAGAGCAAGCGACCUCUCAGAUUCAUGGAGGACAACGAGAAGGCUGAUCUUUGGAUAGACCUGGCUCCUUCACAGUGUACUCCUUUCUGGCCAGAUACAGAUUCCAUGCACAUGUUUGUCAAGUUCCGUGAUAGUAAAGUCAUAUCUCAACAUUUUCCAAUCACCAGCAUUCACAGUACUGUUUUGAGAAUGGACAAAGGUAGUGCUUUAUGUGUGGAUGUGAGUGGUGGAUGGGAAAGACCCUUCUGUAUAGUUUUCAGACCCUACAUUCCAGGUGACGCACCGGUUAGGGUAGACAAUCUUUGCGAGGAUCUAUUUUUGAAAAUACAUCAGCAACAAAUGGGCCAGGUUGCUCUACUGAGUCCUUACCAGUCUCUACUGUAUACUUGGGAUGAUCCUUGCAAAGAGCGAUCUCUGCUGUGGAAUAUCUACAACAAGAAGAGCAGAGACUUCACUGCUGAUCUGUGGAAGGACGGCUUCGGCCAAGAGCGAGUAAGCUUCCACAUAGUGAGACAGAAGCAGCAGAACUCGGCGGCAGGUGCGGGUGGUGGCGGGGGAGGAACGGGAGGGGGGGCGGUGACGGCCAAACUGUCGGCCAGCCUGAAGCGGCUGUCAGCGCCAGCCGUCGAGGGGGGGCCAGCCAGCAGCAGCAGUGAUGAGUCAGACUCCGACGAACUGCAAAAACCCCAGUUGAAGAAAACGAGAAAAGACAAAGUAGUAGUCUAUUGGGUGAGCUACUUGGAAGGCCACCAGAGAGUGCUGCUGUUCACACAAGAUGAGCGUCUGGCCUCACAGGCGCGCUGCAGAAUCGAUGCCGAAAAAAGUAACAUCGAAAUAUUCUUUGCUCUAAGAGGCUUCGGUAUUUCACUGACACAAGACACUAGGCAGCAACAGCAGCAGCGACAGAAAGAGCUGUUGUACGCGAGUGUUGUGGACUCUGCAGCCACGUGGGAGGUGAACGUGGCCCACAAGUGGAAGCUGCUUACACUCGAGCUGGCCUCCUGGGUGGAGGACAGGUGGCGCCAGGAAGUCAAGCGGGCGCAGAUGAAGGACUUUGUACAUGUUGAUUUUGAGAAAAUGCACAUGACAAAACCAUUUUUUGGUGAACUAAGAAGAAGAUACAGCCCAGGUUUUUGGGUCCAGUACCGAAGAUCUGAUAAUUAUAAUUUCCUUGAUGUUAAGAUUCACAGGUUCCAAAUUGACAAUCAAAUGUCGGACGCAAUAUUCCAAACAGUAAUACACCCGACUCCAGUGCCUCAGCAUAUUAUAAGAAAAGUUGGUUUGAAGCCAUGUAUGCAGUUGAUGCUAUUGAAGAGACAGCCGAGCCUUCAAAGUCACGGCAUCUACAAGUUUGUAAAAAUGGUGGUUCAAGAGUUUAGUGUUGAGCUGGAUCGAGGAUUUGUGCUGUCGUUGUACAACACUCUGCUGCCCUGGUUGAAGGAGGAGAAGCCAGCUGUCAGAAUGAGAACGGACAUCAGCAUGCUGCACCAGUCUUGCACACCCAAGAACCUUGGUUUUAUUUCGGAGUCAAGGGUGAUGGUGGAAUUGCUGCACAUUUCCCCUCUCAAAUUCCAGUUCAGCUUCUCUCCACUAGCCUCCAACAACCCGAAACUGGCGUCACCGGUCGUUAGCCAAUCCUACAUAUCCGAUGCGUUGUCCCUCCUACUAGACAAUAUAGCACCGUCUCUCAAUGAGAUCAAGAGCGUCAAGAUUAAAACGGCUCUAUGCGAAAUACGAGGUCGUGUCUACAGCUUUGAAAACCUAUGGAAGGAUUGCACUCUUCAUUACUGGAGUCAACUGAUGCAACAAUUGAAUGUACUCGUUUUGGGAGUUGACGUUCUCGGCAACCUCUACUCACCCGUUCCGGAUUUCACUCAAGGACUGGGUGAUCUAUUCUAUGAACCUCCUUUUGGCUCCUGUGAUAGUCCCGAAGAAUUUUCUGAAGGACUCAGUCAUGGUGCUCAAAUCAUAAUGGGUCAUUACUUGGGAGUGAGCAACGUCGUCUCUCUGAUUACCUGUGCUCUAACCAACCACAGCCAUGUAAUCAGUUUUGAAGAUGACUUCAAACGGAAACGAAGGUUUUUGAUGUGCCUACACCAAACAAGUGAUCUGCCUGAGCCAAUACUUACAGCGAGUAAAACUUUCAAACUUGGAGUGUCGUUGGGAUUGUCAGGGAUUGUCAUGAAAUCUAUGUCGGCAGGACAACACAUGUACCCCAGUCAUCUCACAGGCUCGCAACAAGAUGGGGUUGAAGGAUUCUUCAGAGGCUCCGGAAAAGGACUGAUGGGUUUGCUCACCAAGCCGACUGGCAGUGUUAUCAAUUGUGUGGCAAUGGCAACUGAUGGAAUAAAACGAGCUUCUGAGAUGGGUGAGGAUCUUGUCCUAAGAGCACGUCUUCCAAGAUAUCUCAAUCCUUACAUGGGUAUGAGGCCAUUCUCAGUGUACGAAGCCACCGGAAUGCAGCUAUUAAAUUGCCUGAGCAAAGGCCACUAUGCUGAUAGUGACACCUACUGGGCACACGCUGCUCUCUGUCCAGAGGGCAAAUCUACUCUGCUCAUCACUCUACAGAGGGUACUUCUUGUGGAGAAAUGCAGACUGUGGGGAGUUUGGGAGGUGGCUUGGGAGGUAAGGGUCGAUGACAUCAUGGCUGUGCCCGAUAUUGCUGACAACAAACUCAUCUUCAAAAUUAGACAGGAUGAAAGCUACAGUCUGUUCCUGGGUGAAGAACAGUUCAUUCACAGCAAGGAAAGGAGUGUGCUCGAAUGGUUGAAGAAUAAAAUUGAGACCGUUCUCAUACUGAAUAUGGAAGAAAAACCUUGUCCAUCCACUGAAAUAUGAAGUUGAACUUGGUCAACGUACAUUGAACGGAAUGAAGUUUCUCUACUAAUAAUCUAAUCGGUUCACCGUAAGUGUAUGGCAAUUUCCAUAAUUUUCCAUGUGGAUAAGUUACCUGGGGGAUUUGAAUGGUUGAUAGAAAAUAAUUGAAUUUUUGUGCAGGGAAUUGGAUUAAUCAAUUCUAUUAAAAUGUCUUGGAUACUCCAACAUGUGAAGUAUAAUGAUUCUUUCUUUUUUUUAGGUAUGAAACUAGUGAUCUAUGAUUUUAUGAUCAUUUCACUUCACGCUCACAUGUAAAGUAUAAUGAUUCUUUGUUUUUUUAGGUAUGAAACUAGUGAUCUAUGAUUUUAUCAUCAUUUCAUUUCACUCCCACGUGUGAAGUAUAAUGAUUCUUUGUUUUUUUAGGUAUGAAACUAGUGAGCUAUGAUUUUAUAAUCAUAGUUGAAAAAUUAUAUAUUUAAUUUGGUCCUUGAUAAUUAGUAAUGCAAAUAUUUGUUUUUGUUCUUUACGAGAGUUUAAAAUAUCCUUUUCACAAAAAUAUCAAUUUGUUUGGUAUUGAUAACUUAUUGUAUUGAAUACCGUAGCUGUAUUCCUUCAUCAUCUUUUAAUUACUUCAUUUCAACUUUAGCAAGAACACAACUAAAAAUAUGGAAAAUAAUUCAUUUUUAGAAACUCUAACCAUUAUAAUUGGUUGUUAUUUCAGCCAUUGACAAUGAGCAAAAAUAUUGACAUUUUAAUAUGAACAUGAACAUCAUCUAAAUUAUUGGUAAGUGUUGUCAAUCCAAAUUAAUAAGGAAUAUAAAUUUCAGAAACAUACAGUGAGAUGAGUACAAUAAUAAGAUUUAAAUAUUAUUACAAUAUUAUUUUGAUCAGUUCAUUUCUCUACUAAUUUCGUUUUUCAAAGUUUAUUAAAAAACUUGUCAUGUUUAAGCCCUCUAAACGUAUAGCAGACGAAAUAUCAACAAAGUCUUAUAAAGCUCGAUAAACUUAUAAAAAACUACAGUACUUUUCAAUUUUUUGAAACCAUUAUAGCAUAUUUCAUAUAAAAUCUGUCGUAAUAAUAACCUUGCUAUUCCAAAUAGAACAAUUUAUUAAAAGGUAUCACAAUAAGUAUUAUUGGAUUCAAUAUACGAAUGGAUAGCAUUGGAUAUAUAUAUUAAAUGAUAUUGGAUAUAUACCUCAACAAUUACUAAAUCAUAUUUCCUGUAUAAAGAAUUUAGUCAAUUUGAAAUUUUUAAAACAUGAGACUGAUUUCAAUAUGAGACAUCUUGUCAUUCAUUAUUGUAAAAAAUGGAUUGUAAUCUUGUAAUAGAUACAUACAUAACCAUGAAAAUUCACUCUUAAUUAUUAAUUUUGAAAUAAUUUUCUUUUGUAUUUUUUUGUAUGUUGUAUUACCGUACAUAUUAAACAAUAUUGGUAAUUAUAAUAAAAUGAUCACAGGUACUAAUGUAUUUACUUAUCAAUCUGAAAUUCUUUAUUGUAUGGACAACUCUGAUAAUAAUCAAAUUUACUUUGUCCAACUCAUACAGAAUAUUACAUAACUCAACAGAAUCUAUGUAUCUGCUUAUGACUAGAACAAUUUAGUUAGUAUUUGUCAUUAAUAUAAGUAAUACCCAUAAUUUAUACUUAUUGGCGUAAAUCUAGUCAAUGGAAAGCUGUCACCUAAUAUUAAUGUAGCUUAAUAGAUCAGCAACUACAAAGAAAACAACUAUGCUAUGACUCAAAUUCAGUUAAUUAGAUACGUGUCUCCUACGAUUUUUCUGUAAUACCUAUUAUUUCAUGCAUUUAUUCAAGUUUUAUUAUUCAAUUUUGACUUUAAUGUUGUAUCUAAAUACAUAAGAGUUGAAUGUUUAUCUCGGACUCUCUUAUAUAUGUUUUAUGGUUUUAGUUGAUUUUAUGCUGACAUUUGUGGAUUCUAUAAUAGAGAAUCCUAUAGGAUAUGCCAAUCAGGGCACUAGCAAUAUUGAACUUCAUAUUCCUAGUCCAAACAAUUUUUUUUCAACUCUGAGAAACUGUAUCUUAAAAAGCUGAUUAACAAUAAUUAUUUUUCCUUACAAAAUCACCCACUAAGGAUAUGAUGGUGCUAUUUAUUUCCAGUAAAUUUUCAAUGACAAAUUUUUGUCUAGCAUACUAAUAUGUAUUCUGCAACCAUUUAAAUUGAGUGCUAUUAUCAAGUGUUGCCUUGUUUUGUUUGUCAUUGUCAAAUUCACAAACCACAUAAUUACUUUUUCUUGUAUAGUUAAUCCUGUUUGUAUCCAAUUUACAUUGUAUUGAUUCGAAUUUAUUAAGUUAUUCUCCAUCAUGAGAGAGAAAAAUUGGAUGAUGAUGAUGAUGAUAAUAAUAAUAAUAAUUAAUAAUUGUUGAAUGUCUAUUAAUCAAUAGGUCAAUGUUGAAUGUGUAUUAAGAGCAGCAACUUUGAUCAAUGUGCUAAGAUUUAUUGUAUGAUAGAGAGAUUGUCUAUUUUGCUACUGUUUGAGCAUAAAUAAGCUAGCGUUAUGACUGUUAUGUAUGUAUAUAGCUGACAAACUGAAGCAAGUGAAUGGACUGUAAAUUAUAAUUAUUGUUGGAUAUUAGAAAUAGUAUGGAAUUAUGUAAAUAAAUUAAUCAUCAAAAUCAAAUCGACUUGACUCUUGCUUUAGCUUGGAAUCCAA